CAGCUUCAUCGAAAGAUUUCUGAAAACAUUGUCGUGAGUUUAAUUAAGCAAAUUGAGAAAGGAUAAGAAAAAUGGAGAGAAAAACUUUUGGGCUUUUCUUCCUGCUUCUCAUUGUGUUUGCCUCACAAAUGGCAAUCUCACGGGUGGAGGGAAGAGUGUGCAUCUCACAAAGCCACGGCUACCACGGUACAUGCGUCCAUGACCACAACUGUGCUCUCGUUUGCCGCAAUGAAGGCUUCUCCGGCGGAGACUGCAUUGGCUGGAGACGGAGGUGUUUCUGCACCAAGCUCUGCUAAUUGGAUCUAUCUGUGCCAGCCACAAUUUGAGUACUGGAAAUCUCAAAAAAAAUGUCAUAAGCCAUUGGCUAUCUUUAGUUUAGUUAUUGUCCUUUCCUGUUAUUGUUUUCAAUUAGGGACUAAAUUGUACCCUUCAUAGAAGGAGAGCAUCUAUGAUGCUUUUGUACCCUUUCUCAUUUACUAGUUAGUAAAAAAAACUCAACGUUUCUUAUUAACGGCAGUUUGUAUUC